GGGUUUGCUGGGAGCGUCAAACGGCAGCAUCAGGAGGAGGAAGAGGAGCAAACGCCCAACCUGCUCGCCUCCAUCCAUCUCCCGCGACUCCUCUCCUGUUCCUCAGGUCGUAAUAGGGCCAACCAGACCCCGCGGGGAAAGAUGGCCUUUUAACGUUCGGACUAAAAGCAGGAUAAGACAUGCUGCCUUCUUCCUCCUCCUCCUCCUCCUCCUCCCUUUACCUCGUCCUCCUCCUCCUCCUCCUGCGGACCACCUCCCCUUCCCCCGCCUCGGUUGACCGGCGCUUCGGUUGUCUCUUCGAGCGAGAUCUUUGUACCCCUUUCGAGAUUUGCGUCAAUGACGGGAUGUUCGGGAGGUGCCACUCCGUCCCGGUGAAUAAAGUCUACUCGUAUUACGUCACCUUGCCUGUUGCACAACACUUUCGGCAUCUGCUGGACAAGAUGGCCGCUGCGGGUUUGACAUGGGAGGAUGACACCACCCAGCAUGUUCUUGCCAAAGAACUCUCCAAAGUCAUGAGGAUUCCUCACCGGCCACCACUAAGCACAUCCACCGACAACACAGAGAGCAGGCCUGCAGCCAAAGCGAUGGACCCGGUGGACCAGAGGCUGAAGCCGAUGGAGGCGGAGUUUAGCAGGAAUCUGCACACGUACCUCCAGCGUCUCGGACUCCUCCCGAAGGUGGGGGGCGCUGAAGGCCUGAGCAAGAGUAGUCUAGUCCCAUCAGAUCUGUACAGCUCCAUGUCAGACCCAACAACUUCGAAGGCAUCUUCAGCUUUCAAAGUCAAGCAGAACACAUCAGCGGAUAGGCUCCAAGCGCUCCUUAGUACCCUGAGGCAGUUUUUCUCCACGCAGCCUGACGUCUUGGGUCACCUCAGACCUGUCGACACCCACGAAAAGGAAGUGUCCCUGCCCACGAAUGUUAAAUCCAGACCCCUAACUACAGGAACAUCUGCCAAGGAGCCUCUCACAGUCGUGGAUGAGAAAUUCAUCGAGAACGUGUUAAAGAACAUCGGCAGGCAGCACCUGGACGUGGACAACCUGACGCCCCAUGACAUGGAUCAGCUGUCCAACUUCAUCGUGGACGCCCUACAAGUGGUAGACAAGGACCGGACAGCGGAUCAGCAACGCGUCCGAUCCGGAUCGAGACACUUGGGUGGUGAGCCGAGUGCUGGGAAGGCAGAAGAAAGGAAGGAGGCUGCCAGGGAUGAGGAGAAGAUGACAGAGGAAGCUCCAAUUUUGAAGAUGACCUCUUCUGGUCCACCUGAAGAGGUCCAAUCACUGACUAAUGAUGACAAAGUGAAGGACAAGACUGGUGGGGAAGACGUAUUCAGCAAACUUCUGGCCUACUUGGACCAAAGAGGCUCUCCCUCCACAGCUUCUCCUCCUCCUCGGCGUCCGUUGGGGCUUGAGAAUGUCCGCAGCCGCACCAGGGAGACGGGUGUGUCAGUGCAAAAGAAGGAUGCCACACAGUCGGUGGAGGAAAUGUCUGAGGUAGAAGGCUGGGUGAAGGAGGUGGCCCCCCGACCGGCUCCUGUCAAAUACCAAGAAACGCGGCACAAGAUACCAGACGAAAUCCAGUUGGAUGUCAAGACCGACGGGAAGGACGUGGACAACGACUUUGGCUAUGUCAUCACAGACACAGAUCUACAAACAGACCAAGGUUUGCAUCUGAUGGAAAUCCUGGCUCACAUGGCCAAAAUCCAAAUCACCGACUUUGCAGUGUUGUCGGUAGUGAGCCCAGCAGUGACGUUCAAAUUGAGACCCAACCGGCAGAAUGUCAGCACGGCGGAUUUGGCUCGAGUGGCAGUGGCACAGAAAUCGUUGCUGGAGAAGGAAGCCAAGCUUACCAUCCUGGAGGCGGGAGUUGCAGACGGCAGCGAAAUUUCGGCGAUACCGGGGAAGUAUAGCCAGGCUGAGUCCACCAAGUUCCUGGCCCUGACCGUGGCGUCUAUCUUGUGCAUCGUGGGGGUGCUGCUGGCGUCCAGCGUGGUCUAUUGCCUCCGGCACCGGUCGCACCACAAACUCAAGGAGAAACUCACCAACUUGGGAGCAGACCCAGCGCAAGAUGCCACAGCCACAUACCAGGAGCUGUGCCGUCAGCGCAUGGCUGUCAAGCCGCCGGCAGAGCGUCCGGAGCCGAGCUCGUCCAGGAUCAACAGUGUGUCUUCGCAGUUCAGCGACGGCGGUGGCGGCGCGUCUGCCAUCAGCCCGUCGGCCCGAAGCAGCCUCUCGUCCUGGAGCGAGGAACCUGCUCAGCCCAACAUGGACAUCUCCACAGGGCACAUGAUCCUGUCAUACAUGGAGGACCACCUUAAGAACAAGAACCGUCUGGAGAAGGAGUGGGAGGCGCUGUGCGCCUACCAGGCCGAGCCCAACGCCUGCAAGGCGGGGCUGAAGGACGGAAACGCCAAAAAGAAUCGAUCGCUCGCUGUGGUGGCCUACGAUCAUUCCCGCAUCACCUUGCGGCUGGAGAAUAGUCAAGGCAACUCGAACUACAUCAACGCCAGCCCCAUUAUGGAUCAUGAUCCACGGAACCCAGCCUACAUCGCCACGCAAGGCCCGCUGCCGUCCACCGUGGCCGACUUUUGGCAGAUGGUUUGGGAGAACGGCUGCGUGGUGAUCGUCAUGCUUACGCCAUUGGUGGAGAGCGGGGUUAAACAGUGUUACCACUACUGGCCUGACGAGGGUUCCAAUCUCUAUCACAUCUAUGAGGUCAACUUGGUGUCUGAGCACAUCUGGUGCGACGACUUCCUGGUACGUAGCUUCUACCUGAAGAACAUGCAGACCAACGAGACACGGACUGUCACGCAGUUCCAUUUCCUGACUUGGCUCAACCAGAAUGUCCCCGAAACCAGUCGCACCCUGCUGGACUUCCGCAGGAAAGUGAACAAGUGUUACCGCGGACGCUCCUGUCCAAUCAUCGUCCACUGCAGUGAUGGGGCCGGACGGAGCGGGACGUACAUCCUCAUUGACAUGGUUCUCAAUAAGAUGGCAAAAGGUGCCAAGGAGAUCGAUAUUGCGGCCACUCUGGAGCACCUGCGAGACCAAAGGCCUGGAAUGGUCCAGACCAAGGAUCAGUUUGCAUUUGCAUUGACGACGGUGGCUGAAGAAGUGAACGCCAUUCUCAAAGUUCUUCCUCAGUAGGAAGACUGACCUUAAGAGCGACCUGCUCCUACUGGUCAUCGUGGCUCGUUUGUCCUCUGAUGUCCAUCCUUCCUCCUCGUCUUCUCCUCUACUUCUUUGUCCCCUGGAUUUGCUCAUCAUCAUGUAAAUCCUCAAUCUUCUCCGAUCUCCAUUUGGCCUUGAAGUGUUUAAAUGAAUUUUAAUGUCAAAUUCUUGCUUUUUUUUCCAGAAUAACUUUAAAUAGUCCAAAAACUAAAACGCAUCAUUCACUUGAUUGACUACACUUGAAUGCAUCAAUGGAAAAUGUUCUGUUAUUGUAGCUUUAGGAUUUCUAGCCAAGGUUUCCUAUCAUCAUCCUUGACGUCAUUAUUGUCGUGAUGUUAAUUUUGAUCAAUCGUGCUUUGCUUUUUUGAGAUAUUUUAAGUCGUCAGUCCACGGAAUUACUAUCCCCAGGACACAAAUCAAGAGGUUAGGCUUGUUACACUGGUGCCUUGACUUGCAAGUUUUUCCACUUACGAGCCGGGGCAUGGCAACCAUUGCCCUGUGACGUGGGCAUGGAGAGUUAUGUCAUCAUUAGUCAUUCAUUUAACUGGACAAACAGUCAAAUACAAAAUGAGAACACUAGCAGGGCGCUACAGUAGGUCCACAACCCGCGACCUCACACGCAGGGUAACCGACUCCAGACUGUGACAUCACUCCCUAGGCCACUUGUAAAUGGACUUAACUAUCACAUCAUUGCAGUAAUUUCACUUCACUUAAUUUCUUUACAUUUAUGUUUUUAGAAUACAACGCACGGCUAUUUUGUUUUAAAUAAAACAUUAAAAAUACAGUAAUGACCCCUCACAUAUUUGCAUUUACAUGUACUCCAA